CCUAGACCUGCUCUCCCAGCUCGGUACGUCGUAAGCAGCGCUUCGUCUUUGCUUCCUCCCCGCCUGUGUCGCGGUGGUUCGGCUCACACUGGUUGGAGGUGCAUUGGGUCUCGCCCUAUAACUGUGUGUGUCUGUGCUGCAGGCAGGGUGUCUUCUUGGGGACAACAGGGAGCCGCAAUCUGCAAGAUCGAGCACGGAUGGGGUUUGCACGAUACACGUCUCGGGCACCAAUGUGCCAUGGAAGCGAUUUUCAGAACGCCCCGUGAUCGCAGCAACCGAGAGAGGGCAAGGAUGCGACAGUAUCGCCCAGCUAGCAGCAGCAGCAGCAUUACGGCGCUGAAUGGAAGCAUCCUGAUGAGUGAGGUGCUGCAACUACCGUCAGCCUUAUGAACAGUAAUAUCAUGGGUUUGAAUGCAUUCUGCGGCCUUUGAAGCAACUGUGCUGGCAGAAGAAUUGCUCAGAAGGUCAUGGCGCUCUUUACACCUUGGAAACUGUCCUCCCAGAAGCUUGGCUUCUUCCUGGUGACUUUUGGCUUUAUCUGGGGCAUGAUGUUACUUCAUUUUACCAUUCAGCAGCGGACUCAGCAUGAAAGCAGCACCAUGCUCCGCGAACAGAUUUUGGAUCUCAGUAAACGAUAUAUCAAAGCCCUGGCGGAAGAAAAUAGGAACGUAGUAGACGGGCCAUAUGUCGGGACAAUGACAGCAUAUGAUUUAAAGAAGACGCUGGCGGUUCUUCUGGAUAAUAUAUUGCAGCGUAUUGGGAAAUUGGAGUCAAAAGUAGACACCCUGGUAAUAAAUGGCACUGGAUCAAACUCCACAAAUGGUACCACGACCGUGAUCCCCAGCAUAGGGGCAGGUGAUAAAUUAAAUAUUGCAGAACUCAUUAACGGGGCCCAAGAACAGUGUGAUUUGCCUCCCAUGGACGGCUACCCUCAUUGUGAGGGUAAAGUAAAGUGGAUGAAGGACAUGUGGCGAUCUGACGUGUGUUACUCCAGUUAUGGUGUUGAUGGCUCCACGUGCUCUUUUUUUAUUUACCUCAGUGAGGUUGAAAACUGGUGUCCUCGACUGCCUUGGAGAGCUGUAAACCACAAAGAGGAAACUGAUAAACGUACAAUGGCUGAGAUCCGCACAGACUUUGAACACCUCUACACAGUAAUGUUAAAACACGAGGAGUUUCGCUGGAUGACACUGAGAAUAAAGCGAAUGGAUGAUACGUGGAUCGAAGCCAUCAAGUCUCUAGCAGAGAAGCAGAAUCUUGAGAAACGCAAGAGGAAAAAGAUCCUCGUUCAUCUUGGGCUUCUGACAAAAGAAUCCGGAUUCAAGAUAGCUGAAAAUGCGUUUAGCGGAGGACCGCUCGGCGAAUUAGUCCAGUGGAGUGACUUAAUUACAUCUCUUUACUUACUGGGCCAUGAUGUCAGGAUUUCAGCUUCAAUAGCUGAGCUGAAAGAGAUUAUGAAGAAAGUUGUGGGGAACAGAUCUGGAUGCCCUACGCAGGGAGACAAAGUGGUAGAACUCAUAUAUAUAGAUAUUGUUGGACUUGCUCAGUUCAAGAAGACUCUGGGCCCAUCUUGGGUUCAUUAUCAGUGCAUGCUGCGAGUUCUGGAUUCCUUUGGUACAGAACCAGAGUUUAAUCAUGGGCACUAUGCUCAGUCUAAAGGACACAAAACUCCUUGGGGAAAAUGGAACCUGAACCCUCAGCAAUUUUAUACCAUGUUCCCUCACACUCCUGAUAACAGCUUCCUCGGAUUUGUGGUGGAACAGCAUCUCAAUGCCAGUGACAUCAGACACAUGAACGACAUCAAACGCCAGAAUCAGUCGCUCGUGUACGGGAAGGUUGACAAUUUCUGGAAGGACAAGAAUACAUAUCUGGAUAUCCUUCAUACCUACAUGGAAGUACACGGCACCGUACACGAGAAGGGCACAGUUCACAUGCCCAAUUAUGUGAAGAAUCACGGGAUCCUCAGCGGACGGGAUCUACAGUUCUUGCUCAGAGAGACCAAAUUGUUUGUAGGGCUAGGAUUUCCAUAUGAGGGGCCAGCCCCCCUGGAAGCGAUUGCAAAUGGCUGUGCUUUUCUGAACCCUAAAUUCAAUCCAGCGAAGAGCAGCAGGAACACAGACUUCUUUAAGGGCAAGCCAACCCUUCGGGAGUUAACAUCCCAGCACCCCUACGCCGAAGUAUAUAUUGGGAAACCGCAUGUUUGGACAGUGAACAUCAAUGACCCUGAGGAGGUUGAAAAAGCAGUGAAAGCAAUAUUAAAUCAAAAGAAUGAACCUUACCUGCCCUACGAGUUCACGUGUGAAGGAAUGCUUCAGAGGGUGAACAUGUUCAUCGAAAAACAGGACUUCUGUCACGGGCAAGUUAUGUGGCCGCCAUUAAAUGCGCUGCAGGUGAAAUUUGCGGAUCCUGGCAAAUCAUGCAAACAAGUCUGCCAGGAAAAUCAACUGAUUUGUGAACCUUCCUACUUCCAGCAUCUCAACAAAGACAAAGACCUGGCCAAGUUCGGCAUCCAUUGCCAGUCAUCUGACGUCGCAAAUGAUAUUGUGGUCCCGUCCAUUGACAAAAAGAAAAAUCAUUGUGUGUUUCAAGGCGAUCUUUUGUUGUUCAGCUGUGCAGGAUCCCAUCCCACCCACAAGAGGGUCUGUCCAUGCAGAGACUACAUGAAAGGACAAGUUGCACUCUGCAACGACUGUCUAUAGCAUCCGCUGUACCUCCUCCCAUUGGAUGGGAUCAAUUAACAACUAUGUACCAGGGCACAAACGAUUUCUUGCUCUCAUGGAAACAAGCAAGUUUGUAAUUUCCUAAGGAGUGCACCUUAUUGUUAUUGGAAUUUUGCAUUGUGAGGUGGAUCGCUUGAAAGGAAUGCUUUGGAAAUCAUAAUGCCUUCCACCGCUGCGCUACUUAAAGAUUACGUAGCUGACCAUGAGAUUAUAAAAUAAAUCUGCUUUCGCCAUUUUUUUAUUUUACUGUCAAAAAGCAGGACAUGGCUGAGCAGACCUGUUCACUGGAUUUAUCAGGAAUGCUAGGAUGCCAUAUCAGUAAACAUCCACUGCAUGCUGCAAUUUGAAAUCAUGGUUGACCCUGCAGUCCGCUGGCUAUAAUAGGACUACACGCUAAUGCAUGACUACUCCAAAAUGUCUUCAAGAUAAUCUACUGAUGGGUUGCAGCACUGGUGUUGCAAAUUAACUGAAAUUGUGGUUGGUUGGUUUGUUUGUUUGCUUUUUUAAGGAAAAAGAAAAUAAUGAAAAACACUCGAAUAAUAUUGUCUUGUAGAGAAAAACAAAUCUACAUUGAACCUGUUUUCUGGUCUGAAUAGGGAUUGCACUAGAAAAGAUACAAGGCGAGUUUUCGCCAUUUUUCCACCACGAUUAGAUCACAGAACCCUGUUAGGCACAGGAUUGGAGCUAGCUUGGCUCUUCCCAUAAGCCUUUGGGAGAAAAUAUUUUAAAAAAGAAUACCAUAAAAUCAUUGUGUGAUAAUGGUAAUACUGAUUAAGUUAGUUUAGACAAAGCCUGUGCUUUAAAGACUGUAGCAGUAGAAAAGUAAAAAAAAAAUAUAUAUAUAUAUGUAUACAGCUUGUAUAUUUAUUUUUAUUUUUGGGGCAUGUCUGUGAGAUAAUUAUGUAUAUAUUUAACAUAUGUGGAGUAUUUUUAUUUGAAUAUUUAUGAUGCAGAAAGGGUGUACAUUUUAAGUUUUUCAUUUUAUUUUAUUGCAGGUGGAGACCAAGUUGGGCCAGUAUACCUGUGAUCUGUAUAUGUUGGGGGCAACCAUUUUGUGAGGUGAAGCUGUUUCAGCUGAUCUGUAUACAAAGAGCUUGUAUAAUAACACUGAAGGAUGGGGCACAGAGCUCAUAGUUAAUUAAUGGGCUUUAUUCUGAUGGAUUUUUGCUUAACCUCACAAAAUGGCUACCUGCUCUUUAAGCAGUUCUUUGAGUGCUCACAGGAUCAUGUGUAAUUGAAGUGCGAUCAGUAGAGUAGGUUUAGAUAGUGGGAAACAACUGCAGUCGUCGUUGAACUACAAGUGCCAAGUUUGUAGUCAUGCAGUGACUGCAGUACUUCAUGCUGCCUAUUGCUGUACUAUAGGUACUUACAUUUCAAAAAGGCAAAAACUUUUUUUUCAUUUUGGUUACAGUGGCCGCUGAGAUUUAGUAAUACAGGCACCAAUCUUAGCGCUAAUUGCACAGAAUCCUUCCAUCAGCCACAUUUCAAGAUUAAAAUUGUUUACAAUGAUGAAAAUUUAUCUAUAUAUAUAUAUCACUUUAUUAGAGCUGAGAAAUAACUUUUUCUUUUAUUUUAAAUUUGGUGAGACCAAGAAGCAGCUGUAAACGUGGAUAUUUACAUAAGAUUAGCAGACUUCAAUCACAUGUGGCUAUCCCUUGGUUUAUACAACUACAAGCCCUAGACAGCUGGAAGAUGGCAAGACAUGUUUGUGGUUCCAUAACAGCUGGAAAGCCAAAGGGUGCCUGCCACUGAUGUAUAGACUGGACAAUAUGUGUAGUAUGUGCGCACUGCCAUAAUCCUGUGCUGCAGGUGUCUGUACCCAAUCUUUGAUUUAAAACUACAGAUUACAUGUGCCCACACAGAAGUAGAGCUUCAUAUUUUAUAACCCAGUGUGACACUUAAAAGGUCUCUUAAACCAUUAACCUGACUUAACACUGCAGUGCUUUUGAAAACAACACUGGGGCAUAUGCAUUAAGACUGGGGAAGGCAUAAAGAAGUGAAAAGUGCAAGGUGAUAAUGCAGCAACCAAUCAGCUCAUAACUGUCAAUUUACAUAUUGGAGCUGAUUUGCUGCUGCAUUAUCACCUUGCACUUAUCACUGCUUUAUCACUUCUUUAUGCCUUCUCCAGUCUUAAUACAUCUGCCAAAGUGUUACCAACCCUCCUCCACUACAGACAGCUAAAGCCCUGUCCUCACCUUCAAAACUGUGUCCUAAAGGGAGCCAGCAUCUGAGACUGCAGUCAUUUCAGUUACUGUGACCUCACCAUCAGGCUCCUAUGCAGAAGUCAGCCAGUCCACACAGUGCAUUUCUAAAAAGCUGAUUGGCAGUCCAUCACUGUCAGCAUUUAAAGAUACCUCUCCCUCUUAACACGUCAAUCUGCUGCAGCAGAGGAAUGAGAACAUGAUUAAAUAUAAACACUCUAGUCAUUUCCUGUAUAUUAUUCAGCUCAGUAGUGCCUGCUGCCAUUACAUACUUGUCAGGCCAUUUGUGUUGCAAUUCACUGCUUGUCUGUGGACCGUAAAAAAGUCUUUAAGAAAAUAAGUAGGCCACUAAGAAUCGGAUGUACAGAAGGGUGACUGCUUUUUUAACAUGCUGGAAUGAUCCCUUUUCAUAUUCUGCAAUAUGGCAGUACAAAUGUAGGGUACAAAUUUGGCCAUGCCGCCUGCACUGCUAACAAUAUAAAUUCAUGUACAUUAGCCACACGUGGGUUGGGGAAAGAAUUCUACAACCCAGCUUAUCACAGACUGGUUCUGGUGGCACCUCUACUGUUUUGUUUUUCCCGGGGGGAGCCUGCAGUCCCCAGUGCUCAUUUGUACAGAAAAGCCUCUGGUGCAGCUUUGAUGUGAGAUUCUAGCAGUGAUAAACGAGGAGGAUGGGGCUAAAAAUGGUGACUUUUCUGGUUGGAUCACAAGAGCCUUAUUCCAAACAUGGACCGGCCAUCAUUUUAGCUCCGUGCAUUGGGCCUCUACCCUGCUUUAGCAAUGCACCAAGUUCCUCAGUGUAUACAAUCACUGCACCCAUGUAUCUACUUAAAUCUAUCUGGGUUUGUAUUUUUUUUUUUUUUUUUUUCAGUACAACAAAUUUUUAUUUCAGUUAUGUUUAACAGGCAUGUUUACUCCUUAAAUCUUUUCUGGAAGGGCCCCAGCGGGACACAUAAAUUGAGGAACUUCAUUUAUUCCUUUACCAAGCCUUGAACAUGAGAGCUUUAAAAAAAAACAAAAAACCUUCUAGACGGAUGCUGCUGUAUUUUGUUUCCUGUUCACAUGCGGCUGUCACUGGCACUUGGCAGGAAACCAUAGCCGUGUAGUCAGGAGAGUUACUAAUAUAGUAUGGUAUCUGCUCCAGAAAUUACUCCUAUAGCAAUUGUUUGGUUGGUUUGUGUGUUUUUGUUUGGUUUUCUAGUUGUAUAAUUUCUUUGAAAUCAAAGGCCGUUACAAAAAAAAUGUAGGUUUGUUUUUUCUUUUUUAUAAACAGUUGAACCAAUGGCUUUUAUGUUGACCCAGUGAAAACUAUUUUGUCAAGUUUGUUCUAAAGAUGAGCACUGUGUAUUAGAGAGAGUUUGUGUGUUAAGACGACUUGUUAAAUUGUGCUAUUUGCCAUUUCCAUACAGAUUCUGACUUUAUCGUUCUUUAGUUAGAAGCAGACAUGUAGUUGCUGUGGGUUACAGCAUGGUUUGAAUAAUCCCAAUGGUUUUAGGCCACAUUCCACUGCCGGCAGUUUGAAUAACAGUCUAAUCAAUUCCAAACAUUUACAUACAUUUCCCAGUAAAGCACAGUCACUGCCAUGUACGUGCUCCUUUAAUCAUCACCUUCUACUCUUCAUAAUGUUAAUCUUACCACCUUCUAAAAUGAACCAACAUAUACCUAAAAAUGGGCAUUCGUUAUUUUAUUUGCUGCACUGAUCUGUAUGUGUAAAAGGCUACAGUUGUAUAGAGAUAAUUUAUCAGCAAUGCUAUGUAAUGUAUGUUUUGUAACCGUUUUGUCCCACAUUUAAAAAUUUCACAAUUAAGGGGUAAAAUGUUUCAACAGAUUUAUGUCGGUUUUUACCUUAGUAACUUAUUAUAUUUCCUGCUGCCAAUGGUGACAAAUUUCUACAAUACACACUGUUAAAAUGACAGACGACCUCAUUAUCUCAUAUAUAUGCAACUUAUUUGCACAUGUACAAAUAGAAUUGCUUCUUUUGUUUGUGGGUCUUGCAUUUUGGGGGUCUCGCUUGUAAAUUUCACGUGUUUUUAUGUCUCUUUGGAAAUGUUGAUUUGUGUCUUUUAAUUUAAUUUGAAUACAGUAUGUGCCUUUUAACUUUAUAAGGUUGUGUCAUGAAGUGGGGUCCGUUUGAACAAUUUAUAAUGGAGCACAACAAUAUUGCAUACAUAUACUUUAUGUAGUAUUAUAAUGUAAAUUGUGUAUCUUGAACUUAAGUAUGUCGUGUUAACCACUACUUUUUUAAUUUCUUUGAAUCCUUUACGGACAGAAAAAAAAAAUGUAUAGUUUUUUUUCAUAACCUUAAUAAGAUGCAUGGUAUAGGUCAAAAAGCAGAAACUGCAGUCUGUAAAGCUGCUGUGACAUCACUAGCCCCACUCCUGAGUAAGAAUAUAUGCAGUGCAUUUCUAUAGAGCCAGUCUGCAUCCUGCCAAUGUACCUGCUAAUAAUCGGGAGGGGGAUUAGGACAAAUCAUUCCUCUAAUCCACCCUCAGAUGUGUCUGAUCUGCCCACCAAUUGCUAAAUUCUACCCAUUUCAGGUACCAUAAAUCUAGACACUGUCCUAUGAAAAUGAGGACUGUUAGGUGUCGGCCCAGACUGCAGUCACCAUCUGUAUCAAUCAUGUUUGAUCCAGAUUGACCGGUUACUGCUACGGGCCUGUAGAUGUUCGCACUGGUUCCCUUGCUCCACUGUCCUCCCUGGUUUUCUUCCCAGUUUGUUGUAUGGAUCGUUUUCUUUGUCAGUGUUGUGAUUUACAUUGACAAAUGAAAAGAUGAACCACAAAGUAUUCUGAAAACCAACUUGAGAAAUUCCUAUGUUUAAUGCAUUUGCCAUUAGACAGAUUGAUAUAUUUAUAUGUUCAUGGAUUUAGCCUUUUGAAAAUAUAAUAUUCCCAUAUCAAAUUUAUCAUAUUGAUCUUGUCCUGCAAUUCUCCAUUUAUGUUUCAUAUUCAACAGUUGGUUGUAGAUUAACUACGAAAACUGUUUAGUGUACUGUAUAUUAUACAUUAUAUUUGGUGGGGGGAAGGUGUUAUGUACAAAACCCUAAAGUUGCACACAAUUUCCUUGAACAUAAUUAAUAUUUAUAGCACUCCCGGCAAGUAAUAUAAUUUGGUUACAGCAUUUUAAUUGUACUAUACAUAAUGUGACUUAGUGAAAAACAGUGCCCCUAGCCUGGCUGAAGAAAGGUUGUAGCAGACAAUUGGGUACACUCCUCCAGCAUUUCCUGUGUUGUCUGCUACUGACCCUGUCCGGAAAUCCGUUGUGUUCCAUUAUAUAUUGUUCUAGCAGUUCACCAUUUACAAAGUAGAGAUUGUAACAAUUUGUAUGGUGUUGCUAAAAUUUUGAGCUGUACAAAGAGUACAGAUUUCUAAGCAGUUGUAAAUGUAUGAUUAACGUAUCUCUAACAUGAACCAUAAUGUUUUCAUUGUUGUAGAAAAGAAAAUCUAGGGGAACUUUAUUUUUCAAUAAAUCUUUUUCCUGUGUGAA